UCUUUGCAGCUCUCCUUUGGGUAGGACAGACAAGACAAUGCGCUUUCUCCCUCGAGCCAUCAUCUUAACUUGCGUAGGCUUUAUUUCCCUGUUAUGGUGGCACCAUCAUCUCUCUUCCCUUCAGCAGCAAGACCAUUUGACCAUCGAAGAGAAGAUUGACGUACCCCUCACAUUUGAUGCUCUGCUACAUGUUCAACGGGUCAGAAAAAAGACAUUGCGGUCUUUUUGCAGGAAAAAGAGCAAACUCACUAAACUUCCAGCUACACAAAAGGAAGCUUCCCAGGUACUCUCUUCUAUUGCAGUGAAUCACAAACUGAACUUCCUAUAUUGCAAAAUACCAGCCACCGGGGUGGAAGAGUGGGAGCACCUGUUGGAAGUUAUAUUGGAGAAAGAAAAUGUCACAUUGCAGGUGCCUGUCCCCUAUCACCAGGACUUUGGUAACAAAAUGACCUUGAGCAAAUAUAACUUGACAUCAAUGGAAGCUCUGCUUAAAGCCUACACAAAAGUGGUUUUCAUUAGGGAUCCUUUCCAUAGACUCAUUUCUGCGUACAUGCAUCGGUUGGCAGAAAAUCUAACCUUCAGAGAGUUCAUUGACUACAUCUUGUACAUUGGAUUGAAGAAUGCUAGUGUUGAAUGGACACCCUUAGUCAAGCUGUGUCAUCCAUGUCUUGUUCAAUAUGAUUAUAUCAUAAUGUUUGGGUUUCUUGGCAAUGAAGUGCACCAUUUGAUGCUCCGGACUGGAUUUCCAGAUAACAUCCAGAUGCCUGAGUUCAUGGACUCCAAGUUCCAGUGGACAUAUACCUGGCUAGAAGAACAGAUGUUCAGUGAAUUAUCCCUUGUGCAGAAGAAAAGGCUUUGCCAUUUCUUUCGAUUUGACUUUGAUGCAUUUACCUUUUCCAGAAGUUUGCUCUGGGACCUCAUAUGCAUUUCUGGAAACAGUUAGGAUUAGACAUCAAAGAAGAAUGCACAGAACUGAACUAAUGAAGUGAAAUCUCAGACUCUUACAAAAUGGGGACCUACACUGGUAGCCUUGACAUCUAGUGGAAACAAAUUCCACAAUGUAAUUAUGUGCUUUGUAAAGAAGUACUUCUUUUUAUUGGUCCCAAAUAUUCUGGAGUUGUUCACAGUCCAUUUUUUAUUUUAUGCUCCUGAAUAAUCUGCAAAUGUUAGCACCUGACUUCUCACCUCUAAUUCCAUGUCAUGUAGAAACAAUUAAAAGCCUUGUCUGGAUUCA